ACACACUUGACAUUGUAAAUCCCCGUGAAUGGAACACCUUGCCUUCGAUCGAAUUUGCUCCCGGGUCAUGGUCUGUAAACGACCCUCGAGCCCAAAGAUCCCGACGUUCUCCUGCGAGACAGCUCCACGAGACCUACAGCCACCAUAGGGCGAGAUUUUCCUGCAGUGAGACGUAUAAAAACUGAACUAUACAUGACUGGCUGGGAUUUGGUUGAGAAGGAUAGUUGGAUGACGAGCCCCGAGUGAUGAGCGACGAGCCGACCUGGCAGAAGAAGACCUUUUCAAAUUGAGCUCCGCUUGAGAAGAAGGACAAUGGCGAGACAAGCUGAAACUCAAAUGACGGCCGCCGGCCCUGGUGAAAAGAACAAUCUACUGAGGCAGAUUGGCAAUGUCAUCAGCAAGCCGGGGGAAAAAGGAGAGAUCCGGGGAGCUGCUCCGACUCAGAGUGUAAGUGAGGGUGGUCAACACAACACUACUGGCUUCACGCCAAUGGCCAAAGCGAGACUGUUGGAUCGCUGGCUCGACAGGGUCGUCGCCGCUGCAGGUUCUCAAUCUGCACUCGCCAUCAUCAUGUCGGGAUUGUUGACGUGGGCCUUGCUCGGCAUCCACUACGGCCACGACAAUCUCUGGCAGAUCCUGAUCUCGGACAUCCAAGCCAUCGUCAACUACAUCUACGAUUCUUUCCUCGUUCGGCAACAGCUCAACGGAUACGACGAUGGGAUGUACGCGACCAUCCAGCUGCAGUCCCGACUCCUGAGCCACGUCAGAAUGCUCGACAGGGUUCGUCGCGGCUCCGGCUUUGACGAACUUGUCGACCUUUCCAACCAACAGCAACUGUCGGAUCGGGACAUAUCGGACUUUGCUGAUAGUCUUCCUCCAGAGACGCGGUUCGGGCGUUUCGUGACCAAGACAUCUGAGAUCCUGGGACAUCUGCUCACGAUAUGCGCGUACUGGGUGGCCGUCUUUGUUUGGAUCGGCAUCGGUCCGCUCAACGGUUGGAGCAACGACUGGCAACUGUACAUGAACUCGGCCUCGUCUGCGACCAUGGUCUUCAGCUUUGCCUUCAUCGCCAACGUCCGGGAACGCCACUCGGCGUACAUGGAAAGGUGUCUCGACCUGAUCUUCAAGGUGGACUCGGCCCUGGAAAUCAAGCUUCGACGUUUGACGGGUGAUUCUCUGGACAACCCGGUCGUGGUCGCGCCGCCACCAAAGAUGAGCAAGAUCCAACGGGCCACCUUCUACUACGCCGACUUUGUCGGAACACUCAUCGGCAUCGCCAUCCUGGUCUGCGUGAUGGUGACGUGGGUCGCCAUCGGCCCGGUCCUCGACUUCAACGACAACUGGUGGCUCAUCAUCGGCACCUACGCCGGUCUCGUGGGAAUGAAUGACGGUUUCGUGCUCCGAAACAUCCAGGCCCGACUGAAUUCGUACGUCGAAAGGGAAUUCGAUGAAAUCGACGUCGGCGACGAGAGGCUCUUCGGGGCGAUCGGGCUGACACCGCCCCCCAGGGAGACGAUCCACGACCCGAGCCUGACGUACAGACUUUCCGAGGUCAUGGCUCGCGUCUGUGCCCACGAAAUCACCGUCGUCCUCGGGGUGCUGACACUUGUCGGCCUGGUGGCCGGAUCGUCCGCCAUGAGAUGGAGCUUCACCGGCCAGUUGCUCUCGAACGUCCCACCGAGUUUGAUCGAGAACUUUCUCAUGCUCGUGCUCAUCACGGGACACAAUGCCGCCGACAAAAGGUCCCGCGUCAACCUGCGGAAUCUGUACGACCGGCGACUGAUGCUUCUUUCUUUCGUGAACCGGCUUGAAAACGCUGCCCGGGACCGAGACGUGCUGUCUCCCGGGGAUGGAACCAAGGAGCCUGCGUCGGUGAGUUGCCGCCCCAAACAUGAUGCGUGAGUGGGGCCCCCGGACUUUGUGAUUGCUUCGUUGCUUUCGUGGGAAAUCAGGAAAAAUGUCACAUGUGUUCA